UCAGUUUCAUUUUGCUGCUGGUCAUGAACGGUUGUCUAAAUUACAAAUAGAGGGGAGAUAUUUUCAAAAAAAUACGAAAAGAAAAUCUUUAAUGAACCCCUCUAAUGUUGCCGUAAUAGUUUGAAAACGGAAAAACUAAUUUAAAAAUUUAGCAAAACACAAUGAAAUGAAAUUAUUGUGAUUUUUAGAGUUUCCAAUACACGGCCUUUUUUUGAAAUGUUUAUUAAACGUUCGGUCGGUUACUAGUGAAGUGUGUCUGCAGGAAAUUUUGUAAUAAACAAAAUUAAUGAAUGGAACGAAAUUUAUAAAAAAAACAAAACAUUUAUUUUAUGUUUUUCAAACAACCGAAAUUAAACGCGUAAACAUUAAAUAUAUUUAACAUGAGUGUGUAAAUUUUAAAGUAACAAGAAAUAAAAAAGCUAAACAGCAAACUGAUAAAAAAUUACAAUUAGAAAUGUGAAAACUUAAUUAAAAAAGAAACUUUUUUUUACAAAAAAAGUACUUAUUUCAUUACUUACUCAAUACCUUUUAUAUAAACCAAAGCUUUUGGAUAUUUAACCGAAGACUUCUUGCAAGUUCAAACAUGUAUUGCACCAAAGAUUGUAACUGCAGUUUAUGCAGAGAACUGAGAGGUUUUAAACCCAUUAAAAUUCCCAAAAAACCAGCACCUCGCCCUCCAAGUUCCUCGAUUUUCGGACGUCUUAAUGAAAAUUUCAUUUUACGCAGACGUGGUUCUAGUUCCCUGAAAACAUUUCAGCCGCAGUCUCUGAAAUGCAGCGAAAUGUGCCAACAGCGUGAUAUGGGACACAUUUAUGAUUUUUGCAAACGCCAAACAAACACACCAUCACCCACACCUGUAACACAAGUACCUUCAUCCACCUCGCCCAUCUUAAGUAAAGAUAAACCCGCAACACCGCCUAAACCCAAUCACAAGGUUGUCAUUUAUUUCGGUGACUCUUUGGCUUAUCGUGGUAAAAGCAAUUUAAUAGAAGCCGCCACCACUACCAAAGCAGCAAAAGUGACAGAGGAGGAAGUGGAGUUGGAGCAGAAACAGAUGACGGCAAUAUUACCCUCAACACUAGAACUGCAAAUAACUAACAACCAGGUGCAGAAUGAGGUCAUGACUGCCAAUAGUUGUAGUGGUAGUGAAGCGUUAAAGAACGAUGAAUUACCGCCAUACAUUGAAAGUGUAGAGAAUGGUGUGAUUAAUAUUAAAAUCGAAGGCAAUUAUCAAACAGCCACUGCAUUAGUGGAAAAGGUAUCAAAACCUACUCAGGCGUUGGUGGGUAAACCAAAGGAUAUUAGUGAUGAUGAUGAUGAGCAGGAUGAAGAAGGCAGUGAAGAUGGUGAUGUCACCAGUGAACCAUGUGAUUGGAGUUUUGUACAGGAAUGGAGAGCUCGGCCAAUUGGUAACAUAAGACCCGAUAUAAAUUCACAACAGAACAAUGCUGCUGCUCCCUUUUCCUAUACAUCGGGUUUGCCAAUAACACCGAAUCACUCAAGUGCCAAUAUUUCGCCAUUGAAUGCUUCCGCACUGCAGAAUCCUUCAACGCCAUCUGGACGUAUACAAAAUCCAGCUGUGGCCACACCAGCACCAAGAAUAGCCAAAGAAGUGGCUCAAAGACCUUUAAUCCCUACAACAGUUGGAAAUAGUAUUGCCACAGCCACCCCUACCCAUAUCUCCUCGAAUGGUUCAACAUAUUUUGAGAAUUCUCAAGCGAAACUUAACUCCUCUGUGGCUUCAAAUUGCAAUAACAUAACGAAGCCCAUACCACAGAGGGCCGUAGCAGGACCUGCCCGACUCACAGUACAAUCUACUCCUGUCCGAUCGCAACAACCCAUGUUAAGUGGGAGCCUAAAUCAACAACAGCCUCAACUGAAAACCAGUACACCUUUGAGAAAUUCGGAGAAAGCUAUGGAUUUCAGCACCGCUAACAUUGGGAUACCUAUUGAUUCGGGUUAUCAGCAUAGUCCCAACAACUCAACAAAACCCAAUCAUUCUACUCGCACUCAUCAUCAUGAAUUCCGCGCUUUGGAACGUGUACAAGAGUGUCAUAGUUCCUCUGAUGAAAAUCGUUCAUCGGGACAUGCCAGCAUGUCAGACACAGGAGGUCAUGGUAGCUCUUCACCCGGUGGUGUUGCAUUGGGUCCUUUGCCUGAAGAUCGUUUAGCUGCCGGGGUAACAAAUCGCAGUACACGUUCACGAACUACCGCCAAUCAUCCCAGAGCCAGGCAUCGAGCGACGCCAGCCAAAGCACCUUGGAGUGGCAAUGGUCUAGAAGACAUCAAGUUGGCCAUACAGCAGCUUACAAUGCGUUCCCAAACUAGUACCAGCACCUAUAGCAGUAUCAGUGCGGGUUCUGAGAGUUCAGAACCAGCAAGACGUUUGGGACGCUAUGCUUCAUUGGAAACCGUGAAUACUAAUGUAACCAGUGCCGAUGAAUUUGUAUGGGUUGACUCUCACAAUCGUUUAGUCGAGUUACAACAUCCUCCUUGGAGCCAGCAUUGUAUAAUGAAAGUAGUACGAGAUGGUCGCUGCAAAGAACAAGCUGAUCGUGUUUCUCCUGAUGCUGUUUCACGUUUGGGAUAUCUACUGCAAAGAGCUCUUGUGCGCAUAGCUCGUGAAGUACAACGUUUAUCCUCCAAUCUUGGCUUGUGUUCGAAGCAAGAAGUUGCAGGUGCAUUUAAAAUUGUUCUCUGUCCAGUUUUGGCCGAUUCCUGUAUCAAAGCUUGUCUUAGAGCGGCAGCCAUGUUUGCGGUACCCGGGGAUAGUGCUCUUAAACAAAGUAAAUCUUCGAGAGCUGGAAUUCAGCUGUCGGUGGGAAGAUUUCAUCGUUGGAUGACGGAUUCUCGUUUAGGAAAGUUUAUACAUGAAUAUGCUGCUGUAUAUCUUUGUGCUGGCAUUGAGAAUCUGUUGGAGGAAAUUUUGUUGCAAUGUUUUCCUACUGACUCGACAUCUCAAUUAACUGCUGCGGCUCUGGAACAUGCCAUAUCUAUAUCGGGAGAUAUGUGGGGUUUACUGCAACCGUUUGCUCAUCUGAAUGCUGGACGUAUUGCAUCGGGUGCGCUAACAAUGCCAAGGUGGGCAAGCCAAUCGUCUUUGGGAUCGGGUACUCACCAAAGUGGUUCAUCAGCUGGCAGCAGUAAUAUAAGUUUAGAACCUUGUUUACUCACCACCUGUGUGGGCAGUGUCAAUGAGCUGAAGGAACUAACUUUAAGAGCUCAACAAAAAUUUCAGCAUUGUGCAAUAUCAAAUGCCGCCUUGUCUGCUCUUUUCUAUUUCAUGCGGUGUUCGCAAUUGGAACACAGUGAAUUUGGUUCUCAGCAAGGAGCAGUUAGUGCCAACAACUCCAAUGCUAACAGUAGCCAAAACGUGCAAGAACUUUGCUAUGAACGAGCCUAUGUCGUACUGCCUCCUUUGGUGGAAUGGUUGAGAGUAGCAUCGGCCCAUGCUGAAUAUCGCAGUGCUGUUAUGGUGGACAAAGAUGAUAUAAUGCAGGCGGCUAGAUUAUUGCUGCCAGGAGUAGAUUGUCCCAUGCGUUCGGUGUCACAUGACGAAGAACUGCCUACAAAGAAGGCACACUUUCCACACUUGGCCACGGCUACACCCAUACCAAUGAGCAUAAGUGAGGACACAUCGGAGUUGGGGAAACGUGCUACGAUUGCUUUGGCAUUUAAACUAAUGCUUACCGGAAGAGCUGAGCUGUUAGCACAGGCUUCAAACUUAUUACCGCCUACCACCCGCUAUGACACCCUCAAUCAUGCUGGUAUGACCGCUUUAAUGAUUGCCAGCAUACGAAAUGAUGAGGUGGUUAUACAAGCUUUACUUGAUGCUGGCUGCGAUCCAAAUAUAGAAGUUCCUGCCAUUGGUAAUCAAAACUAUCCUGCCAUUCAUCCGGAUACACAGCAUUGGACGGCGGUAACUUUUGCAGCAAGCAGAUCCAACUACUUGGCUUUAAGAUGUCUUCUAGAACGUGGCGGUAAGGUGGAAGGUGGUGCAAGACAAAGUGAAGAUAAACAUACUCUUACACCUUUACAAGUGGCCUGUGGUUCGGGUAAUAUUGAAGUGGUUUCUUUGCUGUUAGUGCAUGGAGCAAAUGCAUUUCUGUCUACCCAACAAAAGGAUUCAAUGAGUUUUGCAGGUUCAGCUCAAAGGGGUUGUUAUUGUGCUAUUUCGGUUGCCGCAGCUCAUGGCCAACGGGCUGUAUUGCGUAAACUUUUAUCUACCCCCAUAUCGCAAGGCUCCAAGGAUGUUUUGUCUUUGGAAGAAAUGUUGGCUGAGGGAGAUAGUCCCAGUGCUCGGGCCACCACAGUGGCAGAUCGUUUGGCAAAUAAUGAGAUAGCAAACACUCUUAAUAAAACUCAAAUUAAGAGUCUUCAAGAAGCCAUGUAUCACAGUGCUGAAAACAAUCAUUUGGAUAUUACGAUUGAAUUACGAACACUAGGUGUGCCUUGGACUUUGCAUUGCUGGAUGCAUGCUUUAGCGGCCGCCCAUGAAAUACGGCUUGAUGCUGUUAUCGAUCAAUUGCUGCAAGACUUCUUACAAGUUUGCCCCGACGACUAUAGUGUUCAAUUUGUUAGUGAAUGCUUGCCUUUGCUGUUUAAUAUAUUCCGUUAUAGCAAGAAUGAAGGCACCACCCUGUUGCUGGCUGACAUCUUUGCCACUUGUUACGGCUGGCAACAGAUCAAAGUUAUUAAGGAGCCUGUUUCCCAGCCGGUAAACAGUUCUCGCAUAGAUCCGAAAUUUGUAAAUAAUCCAGAAUUAAGUGAUGUUACAUUUAGAGUUGAGGGUAAAAUAUUUUAUGGUCACAAAAUCGUAUUAGUUACGGCAUCGCCACGGUUCCAAAAUAUGCUUAGUUCUAAGCUGAGUGAGGGCAGCACUCCCACAGUGCAAAUCAAUGAUAUACGUUAUCAUAUAUUCCAAUUGGUCAUGCAGUAUUUAUAUAGUGGUGGUUGCAGUAGUUUAGAAGUCUCCAAAGGAGAUGUUUUAGAACUAAUGGCGGCUGCUAGUUUCUUCCAGUUGGAGGGCCUAUUGCGUUACACGGAAUCUAGAUGUUCCGAUAUGAUUGAUAUUGAUAAUGUGGUGGCCAUGUAUAUACACGCUAAGGUCUACAAUGCCAUUAAAUUAUUGGAGUUUUGUCAAGGCUUCUUGCUGCAAAAUAUGGUGGCUCUCUUGACUUAUGAUGACUCUGUUAAGAGAUUAUUAUUUGCCAAAAAGAUACCCAAUCAUGAUGUGUUAACUGGUCUUCUACAGGCCCUACAGCAACGCAUCAAGGAACGUAAGUCUAUGGGCACUUGCAAUUUUCGUCAACAUUUAAAUACCCCCUCAUUGAACGGUUCAUCCAAUAAUAAUGCCAACACCUUAGGUGUAGGCCAAAAGUAAACAAUAUUAAACGAAAUUUCCAUAAGACUCUGUUAAAUAAAUAGUUAUUUAGUUUUAGGUUUUUUAUAUUGAUGUAAAGCUUUUUAAAUCAUUUAAUCCUUUUAAGGAUAUUUAACAAUAUUAAUUGGCCUAAUGUCAAAUGUAUGACAAUCGUAUGUAUGUAUUUGUAUGUGUAUGUAAGUAUUGUAUCUUAUUGUAAAGAACCUUUUUGUAUUAUUUAAAUAAUUUUAAAAACUUGUUCUUCCAAGAAUAGAAUUCAUAUUAUUUAUUAUAUUUUUUUCUAUAUAUUUUUUUUUAAAUUUAUAUUUAUAUGUAUACUAAAUAUGAUGAAAAAUGAUAAAAAAUGUACUUUGGACUGUUAUACUCGUACUAUUAUACUUUUAUUUAAAAAAUAAAAAUAAUUAAUUAUUUAAUAUA